CUAUAUCUGUAUUUAUAUUUCUACACAACUUGUGAUAUUUACCCCUGAUGGCGUGUAGGGAUUGACAUAAGAACAGGUUUUCUCUCUCUCUCUCUCUCUCUCUGUCUCUCUCUCAACUUUCCAGACAAUCCAGUAAUGUUCAGACUUUUUAUGUAAGGUUUGAUGAGACUUUAUGAUUUCUGAUUUGGCAAGCAUUAGAGCAGUGGUGGGGAUGAUAACUUAGAAUAAUGGUGACCACCAAUUUACAGCUACCAUCUGAAGAUCUCUGUGUAAUUUGAUUCCUAGCUAUUGAAGAUCCCAUUCUGAGAAUGAAGUUAAUAUCCCUGACAAUGAUAAAGCAUUGUACUGGAUUUAGAGUUUCCUUGGUUGUACUGUAUGCUACAGCAGUCUAUCUAAAUUAUGUGGUGGGCAUACAGGUGACCUCCACAGGGCCACAGACAAUCAAGAAAAGACAGGGAGCAGAUAUUAUUUUGGGCUGUACCUACAGUGAGAGCCCAUCUGACACUGGGCAGCUGGAUGUUGAGUGGUCCAUUGUCAGUCCAGACAUGACUCAGAAAGACAAGUUGAUCUUAUCUUACUCUGGGGGGAAGGAGUACAACUUUGGUGACCCAGGCCUGAUGACUCGACUAAAGUUUCUGGGUGACCCCAGCAAAGGAAAUGCCACCAUCACCAUCUCUUCACUACGUGUCACUGAUACAGGCACUUAUGAGUGCAAAGUGAAGAAGCCACCCGGAAUAGACUCACGGAAGAUCACUUUAGUGAUACUUGUGCAACCCUCUGUGCCCAAAUGUUGGGUUAAAAAUGGUGAGGAGGUAGGAGGUACUGUCUCACUGUGGUGCAAAUCAUCUGAGGGUUCAAUUCCUCUAAUCUACAAGUGGACAAAAGAGAAUGGUGAGGCAUUGCCAUCCACAGCAUUACAGAAUCCUCAGACUGGAGAGCUGCUGAUCUAUAACCAUUCACAGAGCUACACAGGCAACUAUGUGUGUUUGGUCAGCAAUGACGUAGGGACGGCGCAGUGCAAAUACACAUUGAAAGCAUAUAAUCCAAUCAAUAAGGCAGGAGUAAUUGCAGGGGCUGUGAUAGGUGCAUUGCUGCUUUUGCUCCUCCUCCUACUGUUAAUCUGGCUUCUUGUAUGCUGCUACCAGAAAAAACGCUACGAAAAGGAAACUGCCAAUGAGAUCAAGGAGGAUGCUGCAGCACCAGAGAGUCGUCCUGGUAGCAGGUACUCUAGUUUCCGCUCCAUCGUGGGUUACCACCCCCAUCAGGGAGUCACCUACAGCUCAGUUAGGAGCAGUAAACCAAGAAGGGAUUCAAACCGCAGAAGCUUCAAUACCGACCAGAGUCAAGCACCUUCACAAGGCCCACUAACAUACAACAGCAGAUAUGGGUAUCCUGUAUGAACACAGUCACCUUGCCAAGAAUAGAUCACUAUGCUGAACAGAUGGAAUGCCACUUGGAUUGAAUACUGCUAUUACAUCAAGGAUUUCCAUGACAUUGCUGGGUUUUCCCACUGUGUAUUUCUCUGUGGCAUCACCCAAAAUGUCUGUCCUUUUGAAGUGAUGUUGAAACUGAUGUAUUAAGUCAUUUAAUGUAUGCAGUCCUGUGCAAAAAAAUUGGUCAAGCCCAAAGUGGCAAAACAUAAAGCUUUUAAUUGUCUUAACAAAUCAUUGGUUAGGAAAUUAGUAGUAAAUAAACAAAUAGAUAAAGUAAUUUAGGAUGGAGCUUUUCAUACUAAGAUUUUUGCUUUGACUUCUUUAAAUCUUAAAGGCUUGACCAGGCCAAAACAUGAACCUAAUGGACUUGUUCUCAAGCUACUUCUUGGUGUUCAGUAUGGGCAGAACUGUACAUUUCAGAUGGUCAUCCAUGCAUAAUAUGGCUUAGAGCCUUCCAGUUCCUUUCUUUCUGGUAACAACAUCUGUUGUUUCAAAGCGUUGACCUAUUAUCUUAGUAGCUGAUAGAGAAAUAGGGAUUUUAUCUACCUACCUUUAGGAUCUUGUGAAUUUCAGAAUAACUACAGUUGGCCUGACCAGCUAUGUAAUUUCUGAUAGCAACCUCUGCAUGAUAUUUUCUCACUCCUUUACCAAAAUUGCAUAUAUAGAUCUCUCCCUGCUCUGUCACUCUUGGUUCUAUUUAUGAUUUCUGACAGCAACCCCUGUAUAUUUUGCUUUUUUGGAGCAGAUUUUCUCACUUCUUUACCGAAAUUGUAUAUUGUAGCUCUCUCCCUACUCUGCCACUCUUGGUUCUAUUUAUGAACUUGUUAUCAGGGCUUUGUGGGCUGCAUCGAGUGGGGCAGAUAUUUUUGGAACAUUUUUUUAACAUCCAACUAGCAAGUGUUUACCUUACUCAAAUUGAAUUUUAAUGUAUCUUAUGUUUUUAUAUGUUCACUACAAGUCAGUGUUUUUCCGGUAUGAUUAUGGCCACAUUCCUAUAAACACACACUAAACAAAUGUAAGGGGUUUAAUGGAAUAGCAUAUAUGAUUAAUAUUAAAAAUCUUAUAUAAGCUUUACAUCUUUGCAUUAUGUUACAGCAUAUGAAUUUAGUAAACAAUGUCUAUUUUAACCACGAAAGUUAAUUGUUUCUUAAUCAGUUUUGUAUGAUUCUAAAGAAAAACAUGUACAAUUUCUCCACAA